AUGUCCACUCUCAAAGACGAAAUUCGCCGCACAGAAGAAUCUACAGCUAGCAUCAUCUCCAUAACCAAUGCUGAAAUCUCUUCGAUUAGCCUCAAUGCUACCAGUCUGACUGGUUCGGACGCAUACCGUCGUGCUAACGAGGAAGAUGAGGAGGCAUCCAUCAAAUCCGACGACGAAACUGAGCCCACACAAACUACGAAACAGCCCUGGCGAGAGAUUUUCAUGCUCUCCUUCACAUCAUUAGGGGCCAUUUAUGGUGAUAUUGGAACUUCGCCGCUAUAUGUGUUGAACUCCAUCAAGUACUCGGAAUAUCCUCCGAACAAAGACGAUGUUUACGGAGGAAUAUCCAUCAUUUUCUACCUAUUUACAAUCAUAGUCAUUUUUAAGUAUAUCAUGAUCGUGUUGGUUCUCGGUCCAAACAAUGGUGAGGGUGGCCAGGUGGCUAUUUACGCCAAGAUCGCCAGAUAUUUGAACAUUGGUCCUAAGGGCGUCCAUAUUCCUGGUGCUCCCGAGGUUUCGGAUAUGGAGUUGCUUCAAAGACAAGACACAACCUCCUCAUUUAGAUCUUCUCGCACCACCAAGUCACUUGUGGAAGAUGUCAAGACCCAUCCACUAAUGAUAAAAUGCGUGCAGAAAUUCAUCUUGUUUGCUUGUUUCCUUGGCUGCUCUUUGGUCAUAUCUGAUGGACUUUUGACCCCUACCACCUCAGUAUUAAGUGCUGUCGCAGGUAUUCAGAUUGCCCAGCCAUCAUUCGAUAACGUUCUUGCUGUUGCUGAGGUGAUUCUUAUCUGCCUUUUCCUUAUUCAACAAUUUGGUUCACACAAGGUUUCUUUCUUGUUUGCCCCUGUGAUCUUUAUUUGGUUGGUAGGUCUAAUCAUUUGCGGUAUUUAUAAUAUUGCAAAAUUUCAUCCAGGCAUUUUUAGGGCCCUAUCACCAUAUUAUGCAAUUAAAAUACUUAAGAAUGGUGGUAUUGAUGUAUUUUCCGGUGCUAUGUUAUCAAUCACAGGUACCGAGGCCAUGUUUGCUGAUAUUGGCCACUUUGGUAGAUUGCCGAUCCAACUAACUUUAACUUGCUUGGUUUAUCCUGCGUUGAUAAUUUGCUAUUUGGGCCAAGGUGCAUACAUUGUUACACACCCAGAAGCUUACACUUCUCCAUUUUUUCUUUCCCUUCCUGGUGGAACGGGAAGUGGCCCUUACUGGGUAAUGUUCGUUUUGUCAACUCUUGCCACCAUUAUUGCUAGUCAAGCAUUAAUUCUUUCAGUGUUCAGCAUUGUUUCCCAAUUGAUUAAUUUGGAUUGCUUCCCAAACGUCAAAAUUGUGCAUACCUCUAAAGAUUACGCAGGAAAGGUCUACAUUCCAGCAGUUAAUUGGUUAUUGAUGAUUGGUGUUUGCUGUACUACUGCUGGAUUUAAGACGUCUAAUAACGUUACUGCUGCCUAUGGUUUGGGGAUAACUCUUGAUUUUUUGGUUACAUCUUGUUUGAUUGCCCUUUGCAUGGUUUAUGUUUACAGUUGGAACAUUCUCUGGGCUGUAUUGUUCAUUACAUUCUUCAUUCCCUUGGAAGUUAUUAUGGUUGUUUCAAAUUUGAAAAAAGUUGUACAUGGUGCCUGGUUCCCAAUUAUGAUGGCAGGCUUGGUAUUCAUCUUUUUGAGCAUUUGGAGGUGGGGCCAGUCAAGAAAAGUGGAUUAUGAAUUCAAACAGAGAGUUAGAAUUGCAGACGUUUAUCCACUGUUUAGAAAGGAACCUCAAAUUGUCGAUUUAAACCUUGGAGGGAACCGACCAGAAAACAACGAAUCGUUAGAAGUGGAGGAAACACAUAUCCAGGAGGAUAAGCAAAUUAAAGUAAGUUCCAGGUUUGGUAUUUCUAAUUUGUCAACCCACGAUGGAAUUGCCAUAUUGUACAAUGAUUCGUCAAUCCACAAUUUUAACUCCCCAAACACCUUACCUCAGGUAUAUGCUAAGAUAAUCGAUUCGUUUGUUUCCAUUCCUUCUAUCUUCAUCUUCUGUUCAACACGAACUUUGUCGAUUCCUUAUGUACCUAACGAUGAGAGAGUUCUAAUCGCAUCCACAAGAAUUCCUGGGCAUUACAAGUGUAUUGUCCGGUUUGGUUUUAUGGAAGAGAUUAUCAUCAAUCAUGAAUUGAGUGCAACAAUUUUGGAAUCAGUUCCUGAGAUUGCAGAAUUAAUGACUCGUUUCAAUGAUAAUCACCAACCACAAGAAAGGCUUGAGAAACCAGAUAGUCUUCCUACAGUGCAUAUCUUUGAAAACAAUUUAUUGAGAUGUCACGACUAUACUUCGGAGGAGUAUAAAACUAAGAAUCCAUUGACUAUAGUUGGGAGAAUCUUGAGGAAAAUUACCAUCAACCACUUCUACUCACCACUAGUUUCGAUCACUAGGCAGCAUGGUCAGUUUUUGAAAUUGCAUACAGAAGAGGAAGAGACCAACCAAAAAUUGUUCAUUGGAGGAAUUGCUCGCAUAUAG